AUGGCGCACGCCGCGCGGGUUCAGUCUCGUCGCCACUACUCGUCGCAUGGUGACCGCGACGGAGAGAUCGAAGACGAGGAGCAGCACUGCGAUGAGGAGGAGCAGCCAUCAGAGGGUCCGGCUCGCCCACACGGGCAGAGGUGGCAGCUGAUUGAACAGCAACAUCAGCAGCGGUGGAAGGAGCUGGAACUACAACAUCAGCAGCUAUGGCAGGAGCUGGAGAACCCAGGAAACGAAGAAAGAGUGAGGAUGGACAAGGAGCAUGAAGAGGAGCGUCGACAUCUGGAGCAGAAACACGGCCAGGAGUGGCAGAACUUGGACGAACGUCACUAUGAGGAGCGCAUUGAGCUUCAUCAGCAGCACAAAGAGGACACUGGAUGCCUGAACAUGCCGACUGAGGACCAGUUAAGGCAGCUGGACCUCUCCCACCAGAAGCAAUGCGAAAAACUCCGGCGGACACUGCGGAAACAGAGGCUAGAGCUAGAGCUCAGACACCUGAGAGAGUCACAAGAGCUGGAGGAGAGGCUCCCGAGCGUCCGGUUGGAGGAGUUGGAUCGGCUGCUGGAGGAGUGCAGGAGGGGACGUCAGCAGCUGGGGGAGGAGUUAAAGGAGCAGCUUCAGGAGCAGGAACACGAUGAUCAGCAGCGUGUCACCAGGAGCCUGCUGGCGCGUCACCAGGAGGAGCGUGAACAGCUCCUUCGGAAGCACGAGGAAGACACCAGAUGCUUGAACAUGGAGAUCGAUCAGCAGCCACGAGCCAGGCUUCUGCGGCGGUUCCUGAAAUGGAGAGGACAAAGGAAGCUGAACAAGAGGCACCGAAAACAGUCGAAACAACUUGAUCGCUCCCACCAGCAGCAGUGGGGAAAUCUCCAGCAGGCAUUGCGGCAGCAGUGCCAAGAGCUGGAGGAAAGGCAUCCAAACACAGGCUCUGAAGAGGAGAAGAAUCGGCCCCCGGAGGAAUGGAGCAGGAGACGUCAGCAGCUGCAGGAUGAGCUGCAGAAGGAGCUGGAGCAGCUUCAGGAGCAGCAGUGCCCUGAGGAAGACUCGCCGCAGGGUGACCGCGCCGGAGAGAUCGAAGACGAGGAGCAGCACUGCGAUGAGGAGGAGCGACCAUCAGAUGGUCCUCCUCGCCCAAGCCAAGGGCGAUGUCAUGAGCUGGAACCGCGAGGGGCCGCACACAGUCGCAGCGAUCUGAACAAGAAACACACAGAGGAGCGUCGGCAGCAGGAGCAGGAGCACAACCAUCACCUGCAGAGCCUGCUGGCGCGUCACCAGAAGGAGCGUGAGCAGCUCCUUCGGCAGCACGAGGAGGCCUCUCGAGGUGUGAACGUGCCGGCCGAGAGACAGUCGCUGGUACUCAGAGCUCCGGCCGAGAGACAGUCGCUGGUCCACUACCACCAUCACCGCCACCAGCACCACCGGCUCUGGGAUCAAGUCCUCCACCAGCACCACCGGCUCCGGGAUCAAGUCCUCCACCAGCAUCCACCAGCCAUCACCAGCACCAGCACCAGCACCAGCACCACCUGCUCCGGAAUCACCACCACCAGCCUCCAUCCCCUGCCAGCUUUGGCAGCACCACCACCAGCACCGCCGGCCUCAGGACCAAGCCCACCACCAGCGGGCGUUGACGGAGGCGGGUGUGCGGCUCUGGCGCAGCUGAGCCGUCGACCGCCGGAGCCAAUCCGGCAGUCCGGCAUUUCAGCUGCCGCACACUCGCCCGUCACAGGAUCAGAGGCCUCCCGAGACAGCUUCCCGUUUCCGACCGGCUGA